UGACCAACCAAAGCCAAAGGGAUACCAGCUUUCAAUAUUCGUACCGCCAGAAAUCAAUUGAACCAUUUACAACCAUGCACAAGAAUACCAUUUGGUACGGAGCCGUGCUCUUGGUCGUCUACUUCACCCUAGUCUUUUGCGAGGAGACGGAGAAUGUUGAGCCACCGGCAGAAGUGGAUAGCCAAGCGGGGGACACUUGGGAGAAUCUCGGCCGGGAGUUAAUGGAAUUCGAAGGACGCACUCGCCGCCAUCGCCACCACAUGUUCUGGUAUCGUCACCUGUGGCCCAUUGCCAUUGCCUACUGGAUCAAGGUGAAAGUGGUGAUUGUUUCCUUCUUUGUGGGAAGCGCAAUUUUCGUUGGUCUACGCUAUUUCUGGCCCCAUGCCAGGUGCAAUCAGGAGAUCAUCCUGGAUCAUCCUCCUUCAUCUUACUCCCAUCACGAUCACAUUCCCUACUCCCUGGAUCACGAUCACUCGGAUCACUAUGAUUCCCCCACUUCCUUUGACUCCAGUCCCAGCUUCGAGCCCUAUUCCGGAUAUAGCAGCUAUGCAGGAUCGGACAUUGUCUCCGAUGUGCACGGCGACUACCACAGCGAAUCUCCCUCGGGUCCCGCUGGUCCAAGUGGCCCAACUGGUCCCGUGGAUACGCGCCGUCGCGGCAGGCGUAGCACUAAAGAUCAGGCUCAUUUAAUUCAGGAGGAGGAGCAGCAGCCAGAGGAGGAGCAGGUGGAGAUUGUGGAUGAGGAGAUUUCAGAGAGUGUGGCCCGUCAAAUGCCCGCCGAAGAGCAGAUUGCCGACUUUAUGUUCGCCUUCUUGGGUCUGGACUCCAAGGCCUGCCGUCGCCGCUUCGUCUGUGAAAUGGAGUUCCGUUCUAAGUUGAAUCCCCUGACCAGCAUGGCCUUCCGCAUUGUGGGUCGUGGAUUCUUUGAGAAGUACACCAACGCUAGGAAUCCUGAGGCCAGGGCCACUAACUUCGGCGAGUGUGCGGCCGUAAAUCCCGAGUGCAUUUUCGUCGAGAACGCCGAGGAGAACCCCGAAGGGGAGACGCAUCAAGAGGAGCAGCAACAGGAAGAGGAGCAGCAACAGGAAGACGAGCAGCAGCAAGAGGAUCAGCAGGCAGCCACCGAGGAAUCCGCCGUUGAGGAUUCCCAGAACGAGAUCAACCUCCAAGCUGAAAGGCGACAUGCCAAGCACAAGAAUCGCAAACUUAGCUCAAUUGCCGAGCACAUCCUGAUGCAUUAGAACAGCCCUGUUAA